AUGUCCCUAGAGGUUCCAAUAGAACUGACGAUAGACAGAUAUUAUCUCGGGACUGUGUUAAAAGCAUUACUCCACUCGGUCCUUUUCCAUCGAACCUUCUCCUCCGAGCGUCCCAUAGACAUAGACGUCGACUCUCUAAGCGUUACCUACGCACGGCUGGAAAAUGCAGAAGCAGACAGGGCGGUUGAGGAGAAGGUGCGGGAUUUUGAGCGGCUUGUGGAGCCUUCGACGGGGCGGAAUCGGGGACAGAUAGCGAUGCUGUUCUUUGCACGCCGGCCGAAGAAAUCUUGGUUUACGACGUCGGAGGAGGAAGUUUGUUGGGAGCAAUGGGUCAUAACAAUCAUAGUCCGCGAUGCGCUCUCCGAGCGAGACCAACUCGCAUCCCGCCGCACAAUGCAAAACGACCUGAUCGCGGCGUUGACGACGAUAUCGCACAUCACGAACGAGCAGAAGGAUCAUAUCCCGCCGAUUGUUAACAAUGAUCCGUUUCCGUUUCAGAUCGUUGUGUCGCCGCAUACAGAUGCGUCGUGGGCGUCAAUGUUCAAGCAGAUGAUUUCGUCGGGAGGGCCGUGGCUUUCUACGACUUGA